AUGGAGUAUGCUGUUCGUGGACCCAUUGUAACUAGAGCCGGAGAAAUUGAAGCUGAAUUAGCGCGCGGUGUUACCAAGGAUUUUGCUGAGGUCAUCCGUGCCAACAUUGGUGACUGCCAUGCAACUGGACAACAACCACUUACGUUUCUACGUCAGGUAUUGGCAUUGUGUGUAAGCCCUGACUUAAUGGUUGACCCUCACUUCCCAUCAGAUGCUAAAGACAGAGCCCAGAGGAUCCUCAAUGGAUGUGGAGGAAAAAGUUUGGGGUCCUACAGUGACAGUGCUGGGGUGCAAAUAAUACGUAAAGAUGUUGCAGAUUAUAUUUCCAAGAGGGAUGGUCAGUCUGCCUCAUUUGAAGAUAUUUUUCUCUCUGCUGGUGCCAGUGAUGGAAUUAAGACUAUUUUGAAACUACUGAUGACGGGUAAAGCUGGAAAUGAGCGUGCAGGCAUCAUGAUUCCCAUUCCACAAUACCCACUUUACACAGCAACAAUUGCAGAAUACAAUGCCUAUCCAGUUGGCUAUUACCUUGAUGAAGAUAACAACUGGGGCCUCAGCAUCGCUGAAUUAGAAAGAUCACUUGCUGCUAGCUCUUCCAAAUGUAUACCGAGAGCUAUUGUCAUUAUCAACCCAGGAAAUCCAACAGGGCAGGUACUGAGUCGAAAAAAUAUUGAAGACAUCAUAAAAUUUGCCAAAAAAGAAAACCUCUUCAUUUUGGCAGACGAAGUAUACCAACAUAAUGUAUAUGCUAAGGACUGUGAAUUUUUCUCCUUCAAAAAAGUCCUGACUGAGAUGGGACCUGAGUACAAGGACAUGGAAUUGGCAUCCUUCAUGUCUACUUCUAAAGGCUACAUGGGAGAAUGUGGAAUGCGUGGAGGAUAUUUUGAAGUUAUUGGUUUGGAUCCUAAAGUUCGAGAAUUGCUAAUAAAAUCAAUCUCUGCUAAGCUAUGUUCUCCUGUCACAGGACAAGCUUUACUUGAUGUCGUUGUGAACCCACCAAAGCCAGGUGAACCAUCACAUGAUCGUUUCAUACAGGAAAAAGAAAGUGUUCUUGGUCAACUUUUUGAAAAAGCUGCAUUGACAUCAGAAACCUACAAUUCCAUUGAAGGAAUCAAAUGUAACACAGUCCAAGGUGCUAUGUAUGCUUUCCCCAGAAUCUUUUUACCAGAAAAAGCCAUCAAAGCAGCUGAGGCUGAAGGAAAAGCCCCAGAUUUCUUCUAUUGUUCCCAACUUUUGGAAAAGACAGGAAUUUGUGUCGUGCCUGGAAGUGGAUUUGGACAAGUUCCAGGGACAUAUCACUUCCGUUCAACUAUCCUACCUCCAGUUCCUAAACUGAAAGAGAUGAUGUCUCUCUUCAGAGACUUCCAUAUAAAUUUCAUGAAAGAGUUCAAUUGA